CAGUGGCCGGUGAUUGAUAGCGUAAAGUGGAAAGUGAUGCCGCGACUCCAUCGCAACGUAUAGCGUGUAGAAUCCGUAACAGCCAUGGCUAAUAUGCAAAGUACUUGAGGUCCAAUCUUAAAACGCUGUAUAAUAUACCACUGGGCAAAGACAGACAGAGACUAGAGGGUGCUCCCCCCGUGAAAAACAUUUUUGAUCGAGUGAAUUGCGUUGGUUGAUGAGCGUGCGCGCGCAGACGCUUGUUCUUUAAUCCCCCGGCAUAUAUCACGGCAUAUACAUAUCAAAAACCACUUCCGGUCAUUUUUUUCUGUAACGAAUGGAUAUUUGUGGAUGAUAUUGUGUUUCCCAUCCCACUCUUUCGCGUUCGGUCGGCUGACGGAGAGUUUUCAUUUGUCGAUUGCCAAUAUCUUCCGGAAUUUUUCACCAUUACCGGCUGAUUAAUCUGUUUGUUGGGGCGAAAGCCGUAGGUCCAUUUCAUUUUGUCAACCGGAGUUAAUACAUCCAUUCUUGUCGAUCAGCCAAAUGUCAGCCAUCAUGUAGGAUACCACAAGCCGAUAUUGCUCCAACCGAUCACUUUAUUCUCAGGUUGAUUUGUUUUUGGGGGAAACUGCGAGAUGUCUUGACAAAAUGCCGGCACUGAUAAUUACUCGCUUGCUCUAGUGCUUCGGCGGUCGUUCGCUGUGUGUUUUGGGACUUUGUUUCGUGGGCUAAUCAACAGCAAAAGGGAAGAGUCAAGAAAAUGAUGGUUGAUAUGAGCAGUAAUGCUUAUUUACAGCAUGCAUAUUACAACGGAGGACAGGCUGUGAGUAAGAAAAGCCAACAGCAGCAGUUGAACGGUGGGAUUGAGUCCAAGACAUCAGCGACGACACCAACCAGCGUCAUAACCAAUGUCAAUGCAGCCGCGGCCCGUCUGAACAUGCUGGAUAAUGAGGAUAGUUGGCAUAUUCGUUAUCGGACGUCAGUGGUCAAUCAGACGGCGGGCCUCAACGACGAGAAUCCCUUGACGACGGCCACCGCCGCCAUGCUAAACAUCAACGGGAACGAUGAGCAUCCGCACAGUAUGGGAUUAUCCAUUUAUGAUUAUUAUAAGAUCCCGGGAAUGGAGAAGAUUGGAGGCAAAACUGCCGAUAUAUGGCAUAGUGAUGGCUCCAUGGAAGUGUCGACCAUCAAGAUGGCCGGUACCAACGGCCAAUCCCACCAGCGCGCCUACCACACCAAAUCCCAAUCCGACCGCCAUUCCCCCGAUCAUCCCCUCCGCCCCUCCCACCAUUCGUCGCCCUCCAGCGACACCGACAAUUCCCCGCACAGCACCAGUCCCAUGUCGCACGCCGUGGUCUCCUCCAGCACCUACUCACAUUCCGUCAAACAGGAGUCCGACGGGAAUUCCGUCAUCAUGAAACAGGAACAGCACCACGAACUGCCGCCCAUCCACCAGGCCGCCUUCGGUGUGGCCUAUGGGAACUAUGGGCAGGCGGUUCCCUAUGUGACGGCGCUCGGCGACACGCAGACGGUGCUCCUGCAGGCCGCCAACGGGGAAUACUACCGGACGCCCAUUGCCGCGCCCAUGGAUUAUGGGUAUGGGUUCGGGGGCGGCCGGCCGGGGCAGACGGGCGGGCACUUUCAGGAUCCGACGGAACAGAUGAUUAUGGAACGGUACCGGCAGGCCAGCGGGUUUGCGCAGAACAGUAUCAAUCAGGCCGUGGCGCAUAGUGGACUCAGUGUGGAUCUGCCGUCGCCGGACAGUGGACUCGGCGAGGCACUCGCAUCCAGAGAACAUGCCGCUCAACAGAUGUAUGAGUACAACACGAACGACAUGCAUGGCUCAUGUGUCUCGGGCUCACUCAUGUCGCCCACAACAUCGACAUCUGACAGUCCCCGGUUAACGCCAACUCCAAAUAAUCGCCGUAACUCGUCCGUUGAACGAACACCGGUUGAGAAGCUUGGAUCUGCCAAUCCGGUUGUCAAUAUUCCCAAAGUAUUUUCCAAUGUGGGCUUCCGCUAUUACCUGGAAGCGCCCAUAAGCACGAGCCAAAAACGCGAGGAAGACCGGAUUACCUACAUCAACAAAGGCCAGUUUUAUCCCAUCACGCUCGAAUACAUUCCGGAUUCGGAAAAACCUUUGAAAUCCCAAACAGUCAAAAGCACCAUCAUGCUGGUGUUCCGUGAGGAGAAAACCAGCGAAGAGGAAGCCAAAGCCUGGCAGUUCUGGCAUAGCCGGCAGCACAGUAUCAAGCAGCGGAUUUUCGACGCCGACACCAAGAACAGUCAGGGCUUGGUGGGAUGUAUUGAGGAGACAUCGCACAAUGCCAUCUCCGUCUACUGGAAUCCCCACGAAGGUCACGCCAAAGUCAAUAUCGCUGUACAGUGCCUCAGUACGGACUUCAGUAACCAAAAGGGCGUCAAGGGAUUGCCUUUGCACGUCCAAAUUGAUACCCAUGAAGAUCCUCGCGCGCAAGGCAAGCCGGUACAUCGCGGCUACUGCCAGAUCAAAGUUUUCUGCGACAAGGGUGCGGAGCGGAAAACCCGCGACGAGGAACGGCGCGCCGCCAAGCGGAAGAUGGCGGCGGCCGGGCGCAAGAAGCUGGACGACCUGUACCAUCCUCCCCUGGAGCGCUCCGAGUUCUACUCCAUGGCUGAUCUCAUUAAACCGCCCCUGCUCUUCACCCCGGCCGACGAUCUGGACCGGCUGCCGCCCAUGGAACUCAGCUGUUUCUACUCGGCCGCCAGCAAUACCGACUCCAAUUCCAAGAUCGAUUCCACGGAAUGCCCCAACACCGCCAUCGUCGACAAUGUCCUGCCGCCGGCGAAACGGCUCAAAACCAUUCCACCUGUUACGGAACGAGCUGUUGUAGUGAUGCUAUACGUCCGCAAGGACUCCGAUGAAGUCUACACGGCGCUCCAUUUGGUGCCUCCGACACUAAAAGGACUGGCGCAAGCGUUAUACCUCAAAUAUGGUAUUGAUCCAAAUAAGAUAUCCAAAGUUUAUAAAAAGAACUUUAAAGGAGUAACGGUGGAAAUGGAUGACGAUAUGUUAGCGUUUUAUUCCAACGAGGAUUCCUUCGUUAUCGAUGUCCACCACACUCUUAGUGAUGAUGCAGCGGAUUCAUUCGACAUAUUCCUAACCGAAAUCAUCCCCGAUAACCGGCCGAACGAUGCGGCUCAUUCCUCAUUAAAUGGCACAGCGGAAUAAACAAGGGAGGAGAAAUUCGACCCAGCUGUAUUUUUUUCCUUUUACAAAGUGCAGUUUUUUUUCUCCAUUUCAUAAUGCUCUUGUUGAUUUCUAUCCCGUAGUUAUUUUUUUCUCCUUCGAAUCUCGUUCUAAGGGAAGAUUAUUUUGCAGCUAAUAAUUCUCAGCCGAGGCACUAUACAUUCUCUUAUUUUUCUCGUUUAAAAAAAGCGCUAAAAUUACUCAGGAUUAGAAAUUUUUAGUUAAAUAUUCUUUUUGCUUUAAUCGCCGACUGCCGUCCAUCAUGUGUACAUACGAUAAAAUGGGGACCACAUCUGGAGUGGGAUUGUAAUUCCAUUUUACGCGCAACUGCCUUAUUCACAUGGGUGACACUUCUUACAUUUUUUGACAAAUUUCGGAAGAAGAAUAUCGCAAUACCAGUGACGCUGCUUUCCGGGGAUUAUUAAUGAUUUUCUGCCUUAUUCAUUUGUCAGAAUGCUACGUCAAAGGGUUGUUUAUGUUCUCGGAUGUUAGUUUGUGAGUGUGUGUAGCGCAAACGUACCGGUAUACUGUUGUGUACUUUCGGUUUCUGUAUUACUUUUGACAAUACUUAUAUAUAAAAUUUCUUGUUCCGUA